AUGAUGCAGUGCGCCAGUGCCAGGGUCCCGGAGCGGGCUGCAGAGACGCUACCUGGAUGCCUGACCUUGGCACGCACCUGGCUGGGAGAUGAGCUAAGGUUCGUCACUUUUAGUCCGUCAACCAAGCGCAUCCACCAGGGCCCAUCCGGCAUGAAGGCGCAGAUCCCCGAGGGCGGGAACCCGUUCGGCCGGCCACUCGUGGAUGACCACUACGUGUACGGCGACGAGAUCCCCGGGCUGGCCGGCGUCGACUACCCGGUGCACGCGCGCGUGCCCGCCACCGGCUUCACGUGCGCCGCGCGCCGCGUGCCCGGCUACUACGCCGACCCUCUCGCCGGCUGCCAGGCCUUCUACAUCUGCGGCGACGGCGGCCGGGGCGCGUCCUUCCUGUGCCCCAACGGCACGGUGUUCAACCAGAGGGAGCUGGUGUGCGACUGGUGGUACAACUUCGCCUGCGGCCUCGCCGAGAGCUUCUACUCCGUCAACGACGCCGUGGUGGUCGCCAUGGCGGCCGUGGACGCGGCCAGCGGAGUCCUCAGCUCGGCGACCCCCGCAGCGGUGUCACUUGCUGGGCGCAAUCCUUCCGCCGCCGCCCUAGCCGCCAGGUACUCGCCCCUUGCUGUCACGCCCACCGCCGCCGCCCUAGCCGCCAGGUACUCGCCCCUUGCUGUCACGCCCACCGCCGCCGCCCUAGCCGCCAGGUACUCGCCCCUUGCUGUCACGCCCACCGCCGCCGCCCUAGCCGCCAGGUACUCGCCUCUCGGUGCUGCCCCCGCCACUGGUGUUUCGCCCCUGGCAUACAGUCCAGCCACCGCCGCCGCCCUAGCCGCCAGGUACUCGCCUCUCGGUGCUGCCCCCGCCACUGGUGUUUCGCCCCUGGCAUACAGUCCAGCCACCGCCGCCGCCCUAGCCGCCAGGUACUCGCCUCUCGGUGCUGCCCCCGCCACUGGUGUUUCGCCCCUGGCAUACAGUCCAGCCACCGCCGCCGCCGCCCUAGCCGCCAGGUACUCGCCCCUUGCUGUCACGCCCACCGCCGCCGCCCUAGCCGCCAGGUACUCGCCUCUCGGUGCUGCCCCCGCCACUGGUGUUUCGCCCCUGGCAUACAGUCCAGCCACCGCCGCCGCCCUAGCCGCCAGGUACUCGCCCCUUGCUGUCACGCCCACCGCCGCCGCCCUAGCCGCCAGGUACUCGCCCCUUACUGUCACGCCCACCGCCGCCGCCCUAGCCGCCAGGUACUCGCCCCUUGCUGUCACGCCUACCGCCGCCGCCCUGGCCGCCAGGUACUCGCCUCGCGGUGCUGCCCCCGCCACUGGUGUUUCGCCCCUGGCAUACAGUCCAGCCACCGCCGCUGCCCUAGCCGCCAGGUACUCGCCCCUUGCUGUCACGCCCACCGCCGCCGCCCUAGCCGCCAGGUACUCGCCUCUCGGUGCUGCCCCCGCCACUGGUGUUUCGCCCCUGGCAUACAGUCCAGCCACCGCCGCUGCCCUAGCCGCCAGGUACUCGCCCCUUGCUGUCACGCCCACCGCCGCCGCCCUAGCUGCCAGGUACUCGCCCCUUGCUGUCACGCCCACCGCCGCCGCCCUAGCCGCCAGGUACUCGCCUCCCGGUUCCGCCUAUACUGGCCGCUACGCCCCUCUCGGGGCCGCCUAUGCUGGCCGCUACGCACCUGCAGUGUCUCCCUACGGUGAUCGGGCGGCCACCUUCAAUCCCGCCUUCACCACUGGUGGUGUUCCACCCAAUGGCGGGGCUGUGGUGCGCCGUCCCGCCUACGAUGCACCUCUCGACACCAGCAGAGCGGGUGCCUUCAGAGACUCUGCGACUGGAGGAGGGGUCGGCACUACCACCGGCAACAUUGACAGGACAUACCUACCUCCGAGCAAGAGAUGAGCCAGCGAGGCCUUCCUGUGCUAACCUGCCCACCUGCAACGAAGACAACUGCACACUAUUCAACUGCGCAUACCAUCAUUAGUACUAUCAAGUUACAUAAAGUUUAACACAGAGUACCUAGGAUUAACAAUGGUGAAAUUUAUAUUGUAUUUAUUGUAGGUAUGUUUUUGUAUUUAUCACUAUGCUUUGUAUAUGAAUCAGUAUUUAAGCUCGGCUAAAACAGAGCAAAUAUAUUUAUUUAAAUGGAAUAAAGUGAUAUUUUAUAUUAAA